UGUGCUGCUGAGGGUUAAACAAGAACCGAAACUGAGUCACUGUCAGGAACGAACUCAGGUAAAGAGCUGCAGAACCAGUUGUGUGGGGAAGCACCAACCGGACAAGGUGAACGGUCACUAAAUCUUCUACAGAUGUCACUGACUAUGAGUAAAGCAGAGGGGGUGACCGUGUUCACCGUCACCUCCAACCCCAAAAGCAAGUGGCCGCUGAUUUGCCAGCUUCUGGGCAUGAUGUGCUGCAGUCCGAUCUGCUUUGUGUCUCAGAGCAUGAAGCAGAAUAUGGGCAGGACUCACACAGCUCUGGGGACUCUACAGAUUCUGGUUGGAUUAAUGAAUGUGGCCUUCGGAUGUAUCUUUAGGAACGUGGGCUACUACUACUCUCUACUUUGGGACGGCUGUUUUUGGUUGGGGGCAGUGUUUAUUGCAGCUGGCAUCGUUUGCAUCCUUGCUGAGAAGUUUCCCAGCAGUUGCCUGCUUAGCUUUACGGUCCUGGUGAAUCUGGUCAGUGCUGCACUGGCUAUUACUGCCACUGUAUUCUACUCAAUAGACUUAGCGUGGGUGUCUCGACGUUCCAACUGUAGUCAACGCGGUUACUAUGACUAUGGAACUACACCGUCUCCUCAGAAGAAAGACCUGAUAAAGAACUGUGAGCGCAACCAGCACAUCUUCAAGAUAGUGUACGGAGGACUGGACAUCCUGAUGAUCGUGUUGGCUCUCCUUCUACUUUGUGUCACCAUCAGCUCAUGUGUUCUGAUCCUGAAGACUCUGUGCAAGAAGAAGAAAGGAGACGAAAUGGAGGAUCCUGAGCUUCACCAGCCUCUUGUGGAGGAAGAUCCUGCAUGUUAGAAACACUUUCAAUCCCUUGCUUUCAGUUUCUUGCAUAAUGAAAUGUUAUCCCAUUCAUUUUUGAGACUUUUCCUACCUAACUAUUACUGUUAUUGUCACUACAUUACUGUGGGCUGACUCUGACCUUUUAAUCUUUCACAUGCACUACAUUAUUGUUUGUAAUCUUGAUUAUACAGACUGAAAUAAAGAUAAAGAGAAUGCAUAUUCAUCUACACUA